GGAGAGACCCCUGCCUGCCUAUAAAUACAAGCCCAUGAUGCCAUUUCUUCUUAGGCUGUGCUUUCCAUUCUCCUUCAUCUGCUCUACUUCACAUAUUAAUAGCACAGCAUUAGCAUCAGCUUCCAUCACUACAUCAGGACCCGCAACUCGUUUGGACAAGCAUACAGAUCAUCAUGAAGACUACUUCCUUGAUGGUCCUGGCGUCUCUCCUCCUCCUCCAGCUUCUGGCUACAACAGCACAUGGGAUUAGGCUCGACAGGCAGCUAUACGAAUCACUAAGCAAAAAGGAACCAGCAGGCCGGGGCUCGAAGGACGGGCAACCCUUGGAUGCCAUGGACCAUUCGACCAGCAGGCCCUGCGCGUCCGAUGGGAAUUGCUCAGGUACAACAAUGGAGCAGACGACUCCGCCUCCAGCUGCUGUUGCCAAGGAUAGAGACCAGAAAGUUGUUGUUAGGGCGUAUGCGCGUCCCGUGCCGAGGUUCCACGAAGAUUACUACGGGCCGGGCGGCCAUGGAAAGGGGGGAAAGCCGGUGGCGCCGCACGCUGCACCGGCCGCAGCGCAGCAUCAGGUUCAGACACCUCGGAGGAGGAACAACGGUGACGAGCCGGAGGCGACGACGGCGAGCCACGCCGGCCGCAAGGAGGAGGCGGCGGCGGCGCAGACAUGGUCGAGCCGGGCGCUGCCGCGGCAACCGCCGCAGCAGGAGCAGAGAGGGACGUACCCGGACGUCCUGGACAUCGCCGAGAUGGACUACUCGCCGGCCACCAGAAAGCCGCCGAUCCACAACUGAGCUCGCGUGCAUGCGUGCAUGGAUCCCAACACAUCCGGAUUAGAUUAGUACGCGACUGGCUUACUGAGCAUUAGUUUUAGUAUCUAGCUAGACUGUAUUAGCUAGGCUUCGAUCCUGAUGAGCGGAGCCCGGCGCUGAUGGAAUAGAAUAGUGCGUACAGCUAAAAUUAAUUGAGUCAUGAACCAUACGGGACAGCGUUGCCGGAAUCGCUGCGCCUUUUGUGAAGACUGAAGAGGAUGAUACACGACUUGGUGUUUCGCUUCUCGAGUAUCCCGCGAAUGUAACAUGCGCGUCGUGCUUGUAACACCGACCUUUUGACCACA